UUAGUUUUAUUGAUUUCGCCCCAAUGCCGGAAGAGAAGGAAUUAUAGAGCCAGAAUCUUUCCCUCUCAAAAUCACUGCAUACAAAUAAAAUCAACCCUUUUACGUCGAUACCCACGAACUUAAUUUUUGGAAUAUAAGCUUACGGUUCGAGAAUCAAGAAACCCAAAAGAAAAUUUCAGUUUUUUUAGUACAACAAACUCCAUAAUUUGAUCAACAGAAAAAGAAAAUAUAUUAAGCAGUUCUGACAUUAAGCAGUGUUCAGCGAAAGGCGGAAGGUGUAAUGGUCAAAUCGGUGGCAAACAAGAAUUCGGGGUUGCUAAAAUCUGUAGAAGAGAGAGCCCUGUCUAAGAAGGCGGCAGAUGAGAAGAAGCAGCAACGUGUUCCUUAUUUUCAUAAAGAUUGCAUCUCAGAUAUUCUUAUCCGGCUUCCUCUUCAGUCGCUUCAGAGUACCAGAUUUGUUUGUAAGCCAUGGUACAAUAUAAUUAACAGCCCUAUUUUCAUUGAUGCGCAUCUUCGUCGCUCUGAAUCCGUGUUGAUAUAUCUAACACCGAUUCCAAAUGAAAGACCGUACCAUUAUUCUGCAAAAUCAAAACCUUCAGAAGAACAAACUAACUUCUCAGUUGAAGCAAGUCUCCUUCAAUCGAACCAUGUUUCCAUUUUUCGAGAACCGUCUGUUAGUCGAGCGCCAAAAUAUUGUAUCCAGUUUGUGGAAUUUAUAGAGGGAAAGGGCAAGAUUGGAGAGUAUAAUGUGAGUUGCCUAGGAAACAUUAGAGCCUCAUGCAAUGGCCUAAUUUUGCUUGAUAAUCAAGUGAAGAAAGGCGGAGGAACGGUAGUCAUGAAUCCAGCGACAAGAAAGCUUCUCGCACUUCCUCUAGGAACUAUAUGUCGUCCUGAGCAUGAAUCUUAUGGUUUUGUGUUUAAUGAUGCUGCCGGAGAAUAUAAAGUAGUCCACUUGUUUUGGGAUGAGUUGCGAUAUGUCAAUUGUGAGACGUUAAAGAUCGGUGAGAGAUUUUGGAAGGAAGUGAAUGGACCUUCAUUUGGACUUUUUAGCUGGUUCGGACAUGUACCUGUUUCAGCAAUCGGAGCAUUGCACUGGCUUCCUCAAAUUGGUCUUAACGACUACUUGGUUUCGAUGGAAAUGGAUGGUGAUAUGUUUCAUACUGUACAACUCCCUAAGAGUUGCAGAAUGUACGAUAGGAUUAUUGAAAUGGGCGGUUUCUUAUGCCUCGUAACUCACGAAGAACUGAGCAUAGAUAUAUGGAACUUGAAGAAUUUAUCCGGGGAUGUUUGGACGAAACAGUAUAGCAUCACUAGAGGUAGUGUUCUCGACAUGGUUCCGCUGUUGAGUUUGAGAAUCAGUGGAGAUCUAAUGUUCAAGAGGAGUGAAGAUGAAUCGCUUUACACUUAUGAUUUCGAAUUCGAAGAAAUGAGAAAGGUUGAGAUGGAAAAUAAGUCGUUAUCGGCUUAUAGUAGGUACUUGCCUCAUGUAAACAGCCUUGUUUCAUGGAUGAAACCUAAGGAUGCAUCUGAUUGAUUUUAUAGCAGUGAAGUAGUGUGGUGGUGAAAUAUAAAAUUUAUACAGUAUUACUAUAUGCUAAUUACAUGUUCAUAAUUUCCUUUAUGGCAUGGUUUUGCAUUGGUUGCUGGUCUUAAAUGUAAUUGAGUUGCUCUUUUUACAGACUUUGAUUAGUGAAUCA